GUGAUCGCUCUGUACCCGUAUACAGCUCAAAACGCAGAUGAACUGAGCUUCGAGAAAGACGACAUCAUAGCAGUCACGGAUCGAAGCCAGGACCCCGCUUGGUGGCAAGGCGAACUCAGAGGGAUGACCGGCCUCUUCCCAAGCAACUACGUAACGAAACUCGUGAACUAAAUCACUCACAACCAUCUAAAUCCACAAUAUACUCAUAAUAAAAUGGUUUAUUGCAAAAUGGUGACGUCACGUGUCACUGGACUGUCACCAACUGUCAUUGAAAUUAUUUUGACACCUGUCAAAUGGCAUGUGUUACAGAAAUCUAACGCUGCUAUUGCAAUUUGAUUUUAUUUUGACUUCAAACUUACGCCAUACUGAAGAUUUCUAGUUUCUGAAAAAUGAUACCAGUUACUUUACGUAACUCUACAUUCGUUGUUUUUUAGAAUAUACCCGCACAAUUUUCAUGGAAAGUUAAAUGAUUUAUACUGAUUUUCAUUUCUAUUAAAAGUAGGUGUUACUUGCUAUACUUAUCGUAUCAAGUGUAGACAAAGUAGAAAAAAUAAUUUAGUGUUGCUAGUUAAAAAAAUACUAUUCAGUAUUAUAACUAUAACUGCAAUGUGUAGAUUUCAUCAAUUUUUUACCUUAUUGCUUCGAAUUAAAAGGUUUAAAACGAAAAACUUA